AUGUGGAGGUUCAGCGCCGAUGGCCGAGGCGGUGGGAGCUGGUCACUUGUCCAAGACUUUCCCAAUUCGGAGGCGUUCAAAAGUUUGCUGUCGGCAGAGUCAGCGGCUUAUGCUAAUACUGACGACAAAGGGUUCUCAAUUGGUGGCUGGGUUAGCCCAGGCUCACAACAGGGGAUUGAACAGGUUCAGAUUGUCCCGGGCAUGGUCUCAUUUGAUAUGCGGACGAAGGAAAUCAGCAACGGAACAACUAACGAUGCGGGCCCUACGAAAAGUCCAAUUGAGACAUUGAUUGGAGGGCAAGCCCACUUUCUUCCUUCUGAUACCGGCACCAGAAGCGAGACAGGGUUGAUAUUAUUGUUGGGUGGCCACAAGUCGUUUGUAGACCGACAGAUUGCUCAGGAAGACUCUCCUGGCUUUGACCUAAGCAACCUAACAUUUUUCGACCCGGAUUCAAGGGAAAGAUAUUGGCAAAUCGCCACACGAGACAUACCACCUUAUCCACGGGUCGACUUUUGCGUCACUGGCUUUGCUGCACAAGGGGGUGGCUAUGAUAUGUCAGUUCCAACUAUGCACCAGGAGCUCAUUACUCAGUCGUUGACUUUCCUGCAGAUUUAUAUUUGGAGGACGGAACGAGGGGCGUGGUUACUACGACGACGCUUACAUUCUCAGCCUUCCAGGCUUCGAGUGGAUUCGAGUUCCGACCCCUCCAGGAGGGACACGGGCCCACCAGUAAGCUUCUUCAAUAAUCUUUAUUCUAACGGAAUAUCCCUAAUAAUCGUACCAUUUAUCGGCGGCAUAGCAGCCAGUCAUCGCUCCGUGGACUCAGCACCACAGGGAUUACUAAUCUUCGACAUGACUGCACAAGUCUGA